ACGUCCCGUUACAGCCUCCCACAACGCUAAACACCGAACACACGAACCGCACGUCUCCGAAAUCGCCAUCAGCGCCAUUGAACCGAAACACACGCCAAGAUGUCCUUCGGCGGACAAACGCCAACCAUCAUUGUCCUGAAAGAGGGAACGGAUCAGUCACAGGGAAAGGGCCAGAUCAUCUCCAACAUCAACGCGUGUCUGGCAGUCCAGUCGACCAUCAAGAGCACGCUAGGGCCGUACGGCGGUGACUUGCUGCUUGUAGACGAGAAUGGCAAACAGACGAUCACAAACGAUGGCGCGACCGUUAUGAAACUCCUCGAUAUCGUGCACCCAGCAGCACGCAUCCUCACAGACAUUGCGCGGUCGCAGGACGCAGAAGUGGGAGAUGGCACAACGUCCGUGGUCGUGUUGGCGGGUGAGGUGCUGAAGGAGAUCAAAGAACAUGUCGAGCAGGGUGUCAGUAGUCAGGUCAUCAUCAAGGGCCUGCGAAGAGCGGGGACCAUGGCUGUGAACAAAGUCAAGGAGAUCGCGGUGAGCACAAGCGAGGACAACCAGCGCGAGACGUUGAGGAAAUUGGCGAGGACAGCCAUGAGCAGCAAGCUCAUCUACCGCAACGAGCAAUUCUUUACCAAGAUGGUCGUGGAUGCCGUACUUUCUUUGGACCAGGACGAUCUAAACGAGAAGCUCAUUGGGAUCAAGAAGAUUACCGGCGGAGCACUCCAGGACUCUCUCUUCGUCAACGGCGUUGCAUUUAAGAAGACCUUCUCAUAUGCUGGUUUCGAACAACAGCCCAAAGCCUUCAAGAACCCGAAGAUUGUCUGCCUGAAUGUGGAACUAGAGCUGAAGAGUGAAAAGGACAACGCCGAGAUUCGUGUUGAGCAGGUCUCAGAAUACCAAGCGAUUGUGGAUGCAGAGUGGAAGAUCAUCUACGACAAGAUGGAGGCGCUUUACAACACGGGCGCCAAGGUCGUCCUUUCGAAACUGCCCAUUGGAGAUCUCGCAACACAAUACUUUGCCGAUCGCGAUGUGUUCUGCGCUGGACGUGUGUCUUCGGACGACCUUGAGCGUGUCUGCCAAGCGACGGGUGCCUCGAUACAGUCUACCUGCUCGGACAUCUCGUCGCAUCACCUCGGCACGUGCGAGGUCUUCGAAGAACGACAAAUCGGAGGGGAACGCUACAAUUUCUUCGAAGGCUGCCCUGGCGCCAAGACCUGCACAUUGGUCCUCCGUGGAGGUGCAGAGCAAUUCAUUGCAGAGGUGGAGCGCAGUCUGCACGAUGCCAUCAUGAUCGUGAAACGUGCCAUCAAGAACCAAACCAUCGUGGCUGGAGGUGGUGCUUGCGAGAUGGAAGUUUCAGCAUACCUACACAGCUUCGCAGACAAGAACGUGCCACACAAGCAACAAAGCAUCAUCAAGGCGUUUGCCAAGGCGUUGGAAGUCAUUCCACGACAGCUGUGCGACAAUGCUGGUUUCGAUGCGACAGAUAUUCUCAACAGAUUACGAGUCGAGCACCGCAAGGGCAACACUUGGGCAGGCGUCGACUUCGACAAUGAAGGCAUUCGGGACAACCUCGAAGCCUUCGUAUGGGAGCCAUCGUUAGUCAAGAUCAACGCGAUCCAGGCCGCGGUCGAGGCCAGCUGUUUGAUCCUCAGUGUUGACGAGACGAUCAAGAACCAGGAGUCUCAAAAUCCACAAGCACCCACCAGAGGACUACCACCGGGCGCCGCACAGAGAGCCAUGCGAGGCAGAGGGCGUGGUAUGCCAAGACGGUAAAAUCUAGACGAUAGAAUGGGACGUGAUGCGGUCUGCUGGAAUGCAUAAUGAUGCUGACAUGGAUGUAUGUGGGAUGCAUAGCGCAACGGCGCAAAGGCUGUACAUUAUGUGUGAGCAAAAAUGACCAUGUCCGACCCUUCAGGCGUCAGCCCCACCACCACCUUAUUCAUGAUCACAAGUGCAUAUCAGUCGUAAUGGAAUGCAUCACUGGC